AUGCAAGGAAGUGGGCACAAGCAGGAGGGUGUCCUACGGAGGCAUCGCCCACCAUCACUAUGCGGUGGUGGCACUCCUGUGGCUUCGGGACCUCACGUGUUUACUGCUGGAAGCGUUGGGAGGGGAGCUCGUCCGAUGCUAUCCUCCAACACUGGCCGACACACGCAGAGGGCAUACAAUCCGAUACAGACGCGACCUGCGGAAGGAUCGAGAUCUCCGAACCAAGGGGCACUGGCUCCAGAGCGCCCCUCCUGCGGCACAGUGUCACAGGGGUCUGUUUUAUCGAAUCCGGUGGGGAGCCAGCAGCAACUACGUAAAUAUGCAAAACCUCCACGCCCCCCAGGGCCGCCACCACCCCACAUCAUAGAGGAGCAGCGAAGGAGGAGGGAAAUGUUAGCCGCGCAAGCAGCCGAGGAGAAAAUUGCGUCACCGCACCACCGAGUUGCCGAGAGAGAGCCAGGUCGGGCCAUUUCCCCGGCGUCCCCAAGGAACACCCACCUUGUUCAAGCCGGUGCUAACAUCCUCAGUACCGGGUCUGGCUAUGGCUUGCAUAUGGACAGCAACGCGCCUUUGGGGAUGGGGGGAGGCGGGGCGGGAGCGACGGCGGCGGCGACGGUUUCAACGUCUUCCGCUUCAGGACCGUUGAGUUUGGCGCCGUCAUCCUGCAAGGGAUCGGACAUCAACCCACCAUCAACGCCCUCCUGCAAGGAGUGGGGGGAGUUUUGGGACGAGGAGGUGGGGGCUUCGUACUACUACAACUCCGUCACGGGAGAGGCGCUUUGGGUCCGCCCGGAUGGGUUUUAG